AAACAAAAAAAAAAACAAUCAACCUUCAAAAACAGAUAAGUACUGAGUGGCAUAAAAAAUGUUAAUGUGUGUGUCGUUCUGUUCCUGAACGCAUCAUGUAAUGUGUUUACUCAUUAUCAUCAAUGCUCCUUUGUUCCAUUUUAGUAAUGAAUGGUCGUUAUUAGUAUAAGUGGGCACGCUGCACUGACAGCAGCGCUAAAGUUAAUUGACCCUUGUUAAUAGUUCUGAGCGUGUGAGAGGUUGGUUUAAAGCCUGGGACUGUAUUUACUUUUUGUGUCAUCUGAUUGAAUUAUCUGACAUCUCUGACCCAUGAACACUUUGAUUAUCAGCUAUUGAUACAACAAAGCAGACGAUAUGACAGUGCACUAAAAUAAACACUUCCAGAUCAUAAUAUUUACCCUAGCAUUUGAGCUGCUGUGCGGAUAUAAAAUACAAAAUGUGAACAUAGAAAGAUUAACAUACAAAAUAGAAAGAGGGAACAAAAAAAGUAACAGGUACAGUGUGAGGAUCGGCAGAGCAACACAACCUGCUGAUCCUAACAACACUUCCCUUUGGCUAUAUGUGUGUGUGCACGCACAUGCCUGUGUGUGUGCGUGUGUGUGCAUGAGUGUUGGCGUACUGAUUUGCAAUGCUGAGUGCACUGAGUGGGAGGACGAGGAGGAGAGAUGAGACCGAGAGGCAGGGGCAGAGUGAGGGAGAGAUGGGUUGAAGAGAAAGAUAGUCAGAAAAACAGUGGAUAGAAAAUGUAAUGCAUGUCAGAGCACUCAAGAGUCACACCAAUCUACUGUACUGAGACGCACACACACACUCUCACACAAACAGUGUAGCAGUUUGCCCACACAGGGCCAGAGGUGAACGUUAUUCCUCCCACCAUAAUUACCUCUCUCUCUUCUGCUUCUCUCUAUCCCUCUGUCUCUCUGACAAACACUCUGAAAGACUCCCACACACAAAACAUUUUGUUUUUUAAAAUAAUUUUUGAGCUGAUAGCUUCACAUCCAGUCAGUUUACACUCCAGCGUCAGGUGAAAAUAUGUUCACAAGACGUCAGACUCUCCACAGGUCACAGAAAUUCUGAAAUAUUAGUGAGGUAUAUUUCAAGAAAGAAAAGUUUGAGUUUGACUAAUGUUAGGAGGUGUUUACAUUUCCCAGUGAAUUUUCAGUAUAUUGGAACUGACAGAUGGUUUCAAUACAAACAAAGAGGAAACCAGACUGAACAACAUUAACUACCAAGAAACAUUACAAACUUAUACUUUAUACUUCACAUUUAGGGUGAGGCUGGUACACACAGGAGAGCUACACUCACUGCUGUGGUAAAUGUUCUGUGGUUGGGACCACAGUUUCCACAGCUGUGUUCAUACUUAUAUAGUAUCUAAAUUGAAGUUCAUUUGUAUGGCACCAUAUAAUACAAAAGCAGUUCAGAGAGCUUCACAUAGAAAAAACAUAAAGCAGCAGAACAGAGCCAUCAACAAUGCAUACACAUAAAAUACAUAUACAAGUACAAACAUGUUCAAAUACAGCGUUCAUGUAAAAAAAAAAAAAAGUUUUAAUUGGUUUUAAAAAUUACAGUGUGACUUCCGGUCGGAACAUCGUCAAGAUGGCUGCAUAGUGAGGGAGCUCCCGGUCGAACCAGAGCAAUUAGAGAAAUAACCCCAUAGAAACUAAACAAAUCAUCCCGCAAAUAACGUAGAGAAAGGGGUUAGAGCAGUAAACGUCGUCUGAAGACAAGUGGGAGAGAAAGACGGAGCGCAGCAACAAUUAGCAACUAACAGGUUUGAGCUAACGUUAGCAAACAACACGGUGUAGUGCAGAGAAAUGGCCGACUUGGAAAUGAUUCUGCAAGAACUAAGAGGGUUUCGCCAAGAAAACAAAGAACAAUUAGAGAUAAUAAGAGAGGAAAUUAUGAAGGCGAAUACAAGACUGGACGAGGCGGAAGGACGAAUUGAGAAAGCAGAAGAGAGGAUCCAAAACACAGAAGACGUCAUUACGGCCAUGCUAAAACUGCACACCAAGCUAGAAGACAAGCUGCUGGAUCUGAAAAGCCGCUCCAGGCGUAAGAACAUAAGGAUCUAUGGGGUACCAGAGGGGUCCGAGAAGGAAUCAACCACAAUGAUCUCAUUUGUGGAAAAUUUACUCCACGAAGGUCUCGAGCUAACGCAUGACAUGCCCAACCUGCAGAUUGAAAGGGCUCAUCGGUCGUUGGGACCACAGCCACCGGGGGACGCGCCGCCACGCUCCAUCGCAAUCAAGUGUUUAAGUUUUAAAACAAAAGAGACAUUACUCCCCAAGGCAUGGCAGAAGAAGUGGUUCACCUGGCAAGAAAACUGCAUAAAUCUGGAUCACGACUAUCCACCCCUGAUACUCAAGAAAAGAAGAGAAUACACAGAGAUCCACAAAAUACGAAAGGAAAAUGGAGUUCAGUUCCAGACCCUCUUCCAGAACCUACGAGACCGUAGAGGAGGCAUCAGAGGACCUGCUGAGAAGAGGGUACCCUGUGACAACCACCGCACCUCCGGAGACGCUCAUGGAGCAGGUGCAGCGGCUGACCUGGACGAGGGUGGACAGACGAGCAAAGAAGGGCCCAGUCGAACGGGAGCGCACCGGGUUAUUGAGUGGGAUGGAGGGGGAAAUCACAUAGAUGCAAAACAGGUCUCUAAAAAUAGCGUCAUUUAAUAUAAAUGGAGUACUCAAUCCAGUUAAAAGGUGGAAAAUUUGAUCAAAAUUAAAGAAAGAUAAAAUUCAAAUAGCUCUUUUACAGGAGACACAUCUCAAUGACUCCGAACAUGCUAAAUUGAAUAAAUCAGGAUUUAAACAUGUUUGCUUUUCCUCACAUGGGUCGGGGAGACGGAGAGGAGUGGCGAUUUUGAUAUCCAGUGCGGUAAAUUAUGAACAUAUAUCAGAACAUAAGGAUAAGGAUGGUAGAUUUGUUAUGGUUACAGGGAAAAUAGAAGGUACUGUGAUAAGUCUCCUUAACGUGUAUGUGCCGCCGGGCAGUGACUGGUCCUUUUAUAAACAUAUGGUUGAUUUAAUGACAACAAAAAGUCAAGGGAUUUUAAUAUGUGGUGGAGAUUUUAACAUCCGAUUAAAUCCCAGAAUUGACUCAUCAAAUGGGAAAUCUGAUGCAAAAAACAUCAGCAGAAGAUUAAAUACUUGGAUGCGUGAAGUGGGGAUCGUGGACGUAUGGAGAGAGAUAAACCCGACGAGCCGUGACUACUCACAUUACUCGUAUGCUCACAAUGUUCACUCACGCAUUGACUACUUUUUAUGCUUAAAGGAGAUCUUUUUAGGGUGGGUAACUGUGAAAUAGGACCUAGUUCCAUUUCAGAUCACGGUCCCAUCUAUAUGUCAAUCAUUCUGAAUAAUAACAGGAGAUCCACUCUCUGGAGACUGAACUCAAACAUUCUGAAUAACCCAGUUAUUAAAGAUAAAUUGAAAAGCGAAAUUAAAUCAUAUUUGGAAAACAACGAUGAAGAUGUGACCCCACCCAUUCUCUGGGAUGCAUUAAAAGCAGUGUUGAGGGGCAAAAUAAUAAUCAUCUCCUCAUACGAGAAGAAAAUUAGGGAGCAAAAAUUCAAAAAAUUAGAAGAGGAUCUGAAGAGAUUACAGAAAGAACACACAAAGUCUAACAAAGAUGACAACUAAGGUAAGAUUAAAGAAUAAAAAAAUUAGAUGAAAUAAAUACCCAAGAAAUUCAGAAAAAGCUCCUUUUUACAAAGCAACAAUACUAUGAGACAGGUGGGAAAUCACUGAAACUUCUAUCAUAUAGGUUAAGAAAACAACAAGCAGAUAGAACUAUAUAUAAAAUAAGAAACUCCGAAACGAAUGUAAUAGAAACAACCCCGGAGAAAAUUCGACAGUGCUUCCAAAAAUACUAUAUACACAACAACAGAUAAGCAACGACAACCAGAUUGAUGCCUUUCUGGCCCAGGUGAAUCUCCCAAAAAUCACUGUUUGAACAAAAUUAUAAAUUAAUAUCUAAAAUAACAAAGGAAGAAAUUCAAACAGCAAUUAGGCGAAUAAAGGGGGGCAAGUCUCUAGGGACAGAUGGUUUUUCCACAGAAUGGUACAAAACAAUGCAAGACCAACUCAUGGAGGGAGGCAAUGAUUUCAAUCAUACCUAAGGAGGGGAAAAGAUAAAUUGGAGCAUGGAAAUUAUCGUCCUGUAAGUCUUUUAAAUAAUGACUAGAAACUAUUCACCUCCAUAUUAUCCAAAUAAAAUUGAAAUAUUAUUACCAACAUUAAUACACAAGGACCAGACUGGCUUUGUCAGACAAAGACAGACCCAAGAUAACAUCAGGAAAACACUGCACGUUAUGAGACAAGUCACACAUCAAAAACUGGAGACACUGAUAUUAAGUCUGGACGCUGAGAAAGCAUUUGACUCAGUGAGAUGGUCUUUUCGCCGAUGAUUUAUUGAUAAGUAUAACACAACCUACUCAAACACUCCCAAAACUGAUGAAAUUGUUAGAGGAAUUUGGUUAUAAAAUUAAUAUCAAUAAAACCCAAGCAUUAACAUUUAAUUACGACCCUCCACUUUCAAUAAGAUCAUGUACAAUUGGAAAUGGGAUGCUGAGUCCAUUAAAUAUUUGGGUGUCUCACUACCUAGGGACUUCACGAAACUUAACAUAAAUUAUGGUCCAUUAAAUUCAAAGAUAAAAACUGACUUAAAAAGAUGUAACGUUAUUCCCUUUUUAAGUUAAGUUCCCGGAUAGAUUCAAUCAGGAUGAACAUUCUUCCACGUAUGUUGUACCUUUUUCAAUGUUUACCUGUUCAAAUACCAUCUAAACAGUUCUUAGAGUGGGACAGAUUAAUAGCGAGAUACCUGUGGCAAGGGAAAAGGGCCAGAAUCAAAUUCAAAACAUUACAAUUAAGAAAAGAAAAAGGGGGAAUGGGGCUUCCAUGCUUAGAGGACUACUACCACGCAGCUCAAUUGAGGCCUUUAGUCUGCCUAUGCUCACCUACAUACACUGCGGCAUGGAAGGAAAUUGAAGGAACGAUGGUAAAGGGAAUUCCAAUAACGGCUUUAUUAGGUGACAAUAAACUACAAACGGAACUGGAGACCUCAGAAGACUCUAUAACAAGCAGCCUCCUGAAGUCUUGGCAGGAAAUAGUUAAAAUUUGCAGAUUGAAAGACACAUCUAAGAUUAUGAGGUGAUGUGCUUAUGAUUCGGACUUUACGCCAAAUAAAACCGACAGCAGAUUCAAGACAUGGGCCACAAAAGGUUUAACUACCUAUUUUUCAUUUAUCCACAAGGGGGCAUUUCAAAGUUCUGAGGCCCUACAGAAGGAUCAUGGCCUAGGGAAAGAAGACUUUUAUAGGUAUCUGCAGGUGAGACACUAUUAUAACAAAAAUAAUAAAGAGGCAUUAAGAAAAGAUAAGUCAGGAUUUAUUGAGGUAUUCUAUCAUUAAUUAAGUCCAGAUCUAGCAACAAAAUAAUCUCAAAAUUAUAUAAUGCCAUACGAUUGUCCAAACCAGAAAAUACAGAAUACAUAAAGAGGAAAUGGGAAACGGAAAUAAGGAUAAAUAUUACACGGGAGAGCUGGGAGAAAAUAUGUCAACUACAAUGGAUCUCAACCGCGUCAAACACUUGGCGGGAGUUCUGUUGGAAAAGCAUAACAAGAUUUUUUAUCACACCCAUUCAGAAACGUCAUCAGGGUAGCGGGGAUGCUUGUUGGAGACUCUGUGGGUCAAAUGGAGCCAACUACUUCCAUAUUUUUUGGGACUGUCAAGUAAUAAAAUCCUACUGGGAAGAGAUCCACAAACAUAUUAAAAAUAUAUUUCAUGUGAACAUUCCAUUAGAAUGUGAAACCAUGUUUUUGGGAAAUAUAAUGUUUGAAACAUGGACCAUAAAGGACAAAAAACUGCUGACCAUAUUGCUGGCUGCAAG